AUGUCCUGGCAGACGGUGGAGUGGUGCCUGGCGGUGAGCGCGCGGCACCCCGCCGUGACGCGCGCGGCGGCGCGGCGCUGGCUGGCGGGCGCCGGCGCGGGCGAGGCCCUCGUGCGGCUGGCCGAGCGGGCCGCCGCCGCGCGCGCGCCGCCCGCCGCGCCGCUGCUGCUGGCGUGCGUGGCGGGCGCGCGGCCGCUGGCGGGCGCGGCGGCGCUGGCGCGCGUGCUGGCCGCGGUGGGCGCGGCGCUGGCCCCGCCGCGCGGCGCCGCGCUGGACCCGGCCGCCGCGCUGGCGGCGCGCCUCGUGUCCGACCUGCACGACCACGCGCACUCCGACCACUACGAGCGCCUCGUCCGAGACUUGUUCCGACUCAACAUCCUCGUGCCGCGCGGCGACCCGCGGCUGUCCGUGGACACGUGGUGCGAGGUCCGCUCGUCGUGGCAGGACGGGCUGGCCGCCAUGCCGCGCGACGCCCGCCAGCGCGCGCUGCAGCAGGCGGCCAGCUUUAUACACGACCAGCUGUUCCUUGAUAUCAAAGAUCUGGACAUAAGUAAAAUCGAAAACGUGGUGUCUCCAUGUGCGGAGCUAGUGUGGGUAGGCGCGGGUGCGGAGGGCGCGGCCGACGCCUCGCGGCUGCUGCUGUCGCGGGGCGGGGGCGCGGGCGGGGGCGCGGCGGGGGGCGCGCGCGGGCCCGAGGCCGCCGCCCUGCGCCUGCUGUGCCUGAGCGCGCGGCUGUGCUGCCCGCAGCGUGGCGAGCACGCGCUGCUGGACGCGGUGGUGGGGUCCGCCUCGGACCCUGACGCGGAGGACCUCACCGAGGCUGAGCUCGUGCCCUACGUGCACGACCUCCUGUUCCGCGCCGUCUACUUGAGAACCCUCUUCCUCCACAAGAUUGGUUCGGACGACGACGAGGAUGAGGAAUCUAACUCGAAGACAUGGUGCGAUACGCUCCUGCAGGAUGAAUACCUACGAGAUGAAUUCUGUCGGGUGCUCUACGACUAUAUCGUUAUAUAUUUAUUGGAAGAAGGCUAUCAAUUUUGGUCCCGCUACGAUUUAAUUCGUCAAGCAAAACAGAAAAUGGAUUCUCUGCUGGAGGACGUGAUCAGCGCGUCGGGCCCCUCGGGGCGCGACAGCGUGGCCCGCGCGCUGGACUCGCGCGCGCUGGCGGCCGGCUACCUGUGGCCGCUGGCGCGCCGCUGGUACCCGAGCGCGACGCCCGCGCCCCCCGCGGCGGACGCGCCCGGCCUGCUGCACACGCUGCAGGCGGGCGGCGCGGGCGGCGCGGACGCGGCGGCGCAGUACCGCGCGCGCUACGUGGUCAUGCUGCACAGCUGGCACGCGGCGCACGCGGCCUCGCUGGAGCCCGCCGAGCUGCGCCGCGCGCUGGCCGACGCCGCCCGCUGCGACCCCGACCUCGUCAUCAACGCCUACUACCGCCACAACCACACCAUGCUCUACGACAGAGACAUAUCGGACUUGCCCUGGAACGACGUGUUAAGCAACGUGUCCGUGGUCGAAUUCCUAACGGCCAUGGUAGAGACGUGCGGCUGGGAAGCCCCCGCGCAUCAUUGGGACUUCACCACCAUCACCAUGUGCUCACUGCUCAGCAGUCUGGAGAAGAGCAAGCACAAGUGGUCGUGCAGCAAGGUGGCGAUGCUGGCGCGCGCGGCGCUGCGCCUGUUCGCGGCCGUGCGCGGCUUCGUGCGCGACGUGCGCGCGCGCGCCCUGCGCCAGCAGCCCGCGCCGCACGUCGCCGACCUCAUGGCCGAGUGGACCGACAUCUUCGCGCCCGACACGCACCACAACCUCUUCACUAUCAUCUUGCACGUCCUCGAAUCGUGCACAACAAUGGAGCUGACGAGCAGCAAGAACUGCGUGUUGGAGGCGCUUUGCAGUACCGUGGAGCUGAUGGAGUGGGAGGCGCUGGGCAAGGCGCGCGCCACGGGCCCGCUGGCGCUGGCGGCGCUGGCGCGGCGCCUGGCCGCGCGCCUGCUGCGCCGCCUGGCCGCGCCGCUCGUGCUGGACGACGCGGAGAGGCUCAGCCUGUGGAGCGACGACAGCUCCGCCGAUGACGACGCCGAGCACGAACGCCCAGAAUUCUCGCUGGACUACUUCCACGACACCUUCACGCAGCUGCACGAGAUCGUCGAGGCGGCGCUCAGCACAGUGGUAUUAGGUGAGGCUACCUGUGAGUUGGUGACGACAUCUGAUAGCUACAGUAUGGCCCUCGGCUGGCUCUUACUGGCCGAAAUCAUCGCGUCAGUGUGUCAUUUAGCGCGAGGAGACCUGUACCACCAUUAUCUGCAGAUAUACAGGGAACGCAAGUACGUGGAGGCGGUACUGGAGACGGCGCUGCGGCUGCUGCCCGCCGAGCUGUUCGCCUUCGCCGCCAGCACCGCGCCCGCCGCGCCGCCGCCGCACUACGCCAGCUUGUUCGACGCCGCUCCCGACUUCUGCGCGCCAGAGCGCGCGGCGGAGGAGGCGACGGAGGUGGCGGCGCUGGCGUGUCGCGGCGUGUUCAGCGCGCUGUGCGGGCCGGGCGCGGGCGGCGCGCGCGGCUGGUGGGGCGCCGCGCCCGGCCGCGCCGCGCGCCUGCUGGAGCGCCUCGUGCGCGCCUACGUGGCGCCGCCCGCCGCGCGCCAGCAGCUGCGCGCGCUGCAGCAGCGCGCCGCCGAGCUCGCCGACGUGGAGGUGCGCAUCGCCUGGUCCAGCAACGAGGUGACCUGCCUGUACACCGUGGAGGAGCGCGUCAUCGAGCUGCGCGUGUGGCUGUCGCCGGCGCACCCGCUGACGCCGCCGCGCAUCGCGGCCGCCGACGAGCUGGGCCCCGGCGCCAACACGCACUGGGUGGCGCUGUACCUGGCCUACCAGAACGGCACCAUCCUGAACGCGCUGAAGAUGUGGACGCAGGCGGUGAGCGCGAAGGUGGAGAGCUCGCCGCAGUGCUACAUCUGCUACUGCCGCCUGCACCCCAACACGGGCCGCCUGCCGCGCGUGCCCUGCCACCAGUGCAAGAACAAGUUCCACAACUUGUGUCUGCGCAAAUGGUUCGCAACCAGCAACAAGUCAAACUGUCCACUGUGCAGGUCGACCUUCUGA